CUCCCAGCCAAUGAGUCGGCGCAGGAGGCGGAGUUACACAGGUUUCCAAACGCUCGGCGGCGCCAUGGGCUUGAGAACUAAACGGAGAUGGAAUGUCCCAGUCUGAACCGGUUUCAGCCGGUUGCGAGUGUGUGGCACUAGAGCAGAAGAAGCGCCUCUUUCAGCCCGCCCGCCCUCUUGCUCGGUUGCAGCGCCUCAGUUACGGCGAGAAACUUGACAAACACAUCCCGCCUCGCAGUCAUCCGCCCGGGAAGCCUCGGGUACAAUGUGUUAGGGCCCCCGGAGAGAUCCCAUUAGCCAUUCAUUACACCUCCCUGCUCUGAAGUGACUGUGUGUGUGAGGCCUGGAGCCCCUUAUUCUCCUCAUUCAUUGGAGCCCAAGGGCGGACUGCAGACCCCUACACCCUCCCUCACCACACACCCCACACCGAGGGAGACUGCUCCGUGCCCGUCUAUGAGCGCUGGUCGGGGGCUUAUUGUGCCAGUUAUCGCUGGAUUAUUUCCCCAUCUAUUCUCUCUGCGGCUGAGGAAGAGGCAGCUCCCGCUCUCGUAAUCUAUGCCAGCAAUUAUGACCAUGUUAGCGGACCAUGCAGCUCGACAGCUGCUGGAUUUCAGCCAGAAACUGGACAUCAAUCUUUUGGACAAUGUAGUGAAUUGCUUAUACCAUGGAGAAGGUGCACAGCAAAGAAUGGCGCAGGAAGUAUUAACCCACUUAAAAGAGCAUCCAGAUGCCUGGACAAGAGUGGACACCAUUCUCGAGUUUUCACAGAACAUGAACACCAAAUACUAUGGACUUCAAAUAUUGGAAACUGUGAUCAAAACACGUUGGAAAAUUCUUCCUCGAAAUCAAUGUGAAGGUAUAAAGAAAUAUGUAGUUGGACUGAUAAUAAAGACCUCUUCUGAUGCAACAUGUGUUGAGAAAGAGAAUGUGUACAUUGGAAAAUUGAACAUGAUACUAGUUCAGAUACUAAAACAAGAAUGGCCUAAACAUUGGCCCACAUUCAUCAGUGAUAUUGUAGGAGCCAGUAAAACCAGCGAGAGCCUCUGUCAGAACAAUAUGGUCAUUUUAAAACUUUUGAGUGAAGAGGUUUUUGAUUUUUCCAGUGGACAGAUUACACAAGUGAAGGCCAAACACUUAAAAGACAGCAUGUGCAACGAAUUUUCGAAGAUAUUUCAGCUCUGCCAGUUUGUAAUGGAAAACUCUCAAAAUGCUCCACUUGUUCAUGCAACAUUGGAAACACUUCUACGAUUUCUGAAUUGGAUACCACUUGGUUACAUAUUUGAGACCAAACUAAUUAGCACGUUAAUAUAUAAGUUUCUCAAUGUUCCAAUGUUCAGAAAUGUAUCUUUAAAGUGUCUAACUGAAAUAGCUGGAGUUAGUGUCAGCCAAUAUGAAGAACAGUUUGUUACACUUUUCACACUCACUAUGAUGCAACUUAAACAGAUGUUGCCAUUAAACACAAAUAUCCGUCUUGCAUAUUCCAAUGGAAAAGAUGAUGAGCAGAACUUCAUCCAGAAUCUCAGCUUGUUCCUGUGUACUUUUCUUAAAGAGCAUGGGCAACUCAUAGAAAAGAGGCUCAACUUAAGGGAAACUCUAAUGGAGGCUCUCCAUUACAUGUUGCUGGUGUCGGAAGUUGAGGAAACUGAAAUCUUCAAAAUAUGUCUUGAAUAUUGGAACCAUCUGGCUGCUGAGUUGUACAGGGAGAGUCCGUUUUCAACUUCAACAUCACCUCUCCUUUCAGGCAGUCAGCAUUUUGAUGUCCCGCCUAGAAGACAGCUAUAUUUACCAGUUUUGUCAAAGGUGCGUUUGUUGAUGGUUAGUCGAAUGGCUAAACCAGAGGAAGUUCUUGUUGUAGAAAAUGAUCAGGGUGAAGUAGUUCGAGAGUUUAUGAAGGACACAGAUUCUAUUAACCUGUAUAAGAAUAUGAGGGAAACAUUAGUAUACCUCACACAUCUGGAUUAUGCAGACACUGAAAGGAUUAUGACUGAGAAACUGCACAACCAAGUGAAUGGAUCUGAAUGGUCGUGGAAAAAUCUGAAUACGUUGUGUUGGGCUAUUGGUUCAAUAAGUGGAGCCAUGCAUGAAGAGGAUGAAAAGAGAUUUCUUGUUACAGUUAUAAAGGAUCUCCUUGGACUCUGUGAACAAAAACGUGGGAAGGACAAUAAAGCCAUAAUUGCAUCCAAUAUAAUGUAUAUUGUUGGCCAGUAUCCCAGAUUUUUAAGAGCCCACUGGAAAUUUCUAAAGACAGUUGUAAACAAGCUGUUUGAAUUCAUGCAUGAGACCCAUGAUGGUGUUCAGGACAUGGCAUGUGAUACCUUUAUUAAGAUAGCUCAGAAAUGUCGUAGACAUUUUGUUCAAGUGCAAGUUGGAGAAGUAAUGCCUUUCAUAGAUGAAAUUUUAAAUAAUAUUAAUACUAUAAUAUGUGACCUUCAGCCACAACAAGUUCACACGUUUUAUGAAGCUGUUGGAUAUAUGAUUGGAGCUCAGACAGAUCAACCUGUGCAAGAACAUUUGAUAGAGAAAUAUAUGUUGCUUCCAAAUCAAGUAUGGGAUAGUAUUAUUCAACAAGCCACUAAGAAUGUUGAUAUUUUAAAAGAUCCGGAAACCGUGAAACAACUGGGCAGUAUCCUAAAAACAAAUGUCAGGGCAUGUAAAGCGGUCGGUCACCCUUUUGUUAUUCAGCUUGGAAGGAUUUACCUGGACAUGUUAAAUGUGUACAAGUGCCUAAGUGAAAAUAUUUCUGCAGCUAUUCAGGCAAAUGGUGAAAUGGUCACAAAGCAACCUCUGAUACGAAGUAUGAGAACAGUUAAAAAGGAAACUUUAAAACUGAUUUCUGGCUGGGUGAGCAGAUCUAAUGAUCCGCAAAUGGUUGCCGAAAACUUUGUCCCCCCUUUGUUGGAUGCUGUUCUUAUUGACUACCAGAGAAAUGUUCCUGCUGCCAGGGAACCCGAAGUACUAAGCACAAUGGCCACUAUUGUAAAUAAGCUUGGAGGCCAUAUUACAGCUGAAAUACCUCAAAUAUUUGAUGCUGUUUUUGAAUGCACAUUAAAUAUGAUAAACAAGGACUUUGAGGAAUAUCCAGAUCACAGGACAAACUUUUUCUUGCUCUUGCAAGCUGUAAAUUCGCACUGUUUCCCCGCAUUCUUGGCUAUUCCACCAGCACAGUUUAAGCUGGUGCUUGACUCUAUAAUUUGGGCUUUUAAACACACAAUGAGAAAUGUUGCAGACACAGGGCUACAGAUCCUUUACACUUUACUGCAAAAUGUUGCUCAGGAGGAAGCUGCUGCACAGAGUUUCUAUCAAACAUACUUCUGUGAUAUACUACAGCACAUCUUUUCUGUUGUAACAGAUACCUCUCAUACAGCAGGUUUAACAAUGCAUGCUUCAAUUCUGGCAUACAUGUUUAACUUGGUAGAGGAAGGCAAGAUAAAUGCAGCAUUGAAUCCUGCAAAUCCACCCAAUAACCAACUAUUUAUUCAGGAAUAUGUGGCCAAUCUUCUAAAAUCUGCAUUUCCUCAUCUGCAAGAUGCACAAGUUAAACUUUUUGUGACUGGCCUCUUCAGCCUAAAUCAGGAUAUCCCUGCAUUCAAAGAACACCUUAGGGACUUUCUUGUACAAAUUAAGGAGUAUGCUGGAGAAGAUACAUCAGACCUUUUUCUGGAAGAAAGGGAAACUGCCCUUCGGCAAGCCCAAGAAGAGAAACAUAGAAUACAGAUGUCAGUUCCUGGCAUACUUAACCCACAUGAGAUUCCUGAAGAAAUGUGUGAUUAGUUUUUAGAAGCCAAGUAAUGCUGUUACUUUCCCUCCUGCUGAACAUUGGUUUUGUUCAGGAAAACAUCACUUUGAUUCUUGUUGACCAAAAUGAUGCCAAUUUGUAAAUUAUGUCACCUAGUGGCCCUUUUUCUUAUUAUGUGUUUUUUGUAUAACAGAU